AUGGGGUCCCUGGUCAGCGGCGACGAGUUCCAGCACAUCCUGCGUGUGCUGAACACCAACGUGGACGGCAAGCAGAAGGUCAUGUACGCCAUGACCGCCAUCCGCGGCCUCGGCCGGCGCUUCUCCAACCUGGUCUGCAAGAAGGCCGAGGUGGACAUGAAGAAGAGGGCUGGUGAGAUCACUGCGGAGGAGCUGGAGCAGAUGAUGACGAUCGUGGCCAACCCCCGGCAGUACAAGAUCCCCGACUGGUUCCUGAACAGGCAGAAGGAUAUCAAGGACGGCCGGUUCAGCCAGAUCACUUCCAGCGGCCUGGAGACCAAGCUGCGCGACGACCUGGAGCGCCUCAAGAAGAUCCGCAACCACCGCGGUCUCCGCCACUACUGGGGCCUGCGCGUGAAGGGCCAGCACACCAAGACCACUGGUCGCCGCGGCAAGACCGUGGGUGUCGCCAAGAAGAAGUAG